CUGCUAGGAGUUGUAGUUUUGCAACAUCUGGAGGUCCGCAGGUUGAAGACCACUGACGUACACAGCUCCUUCACUCCCCCGCUCUGUGUUUUCCCCGUGAAAACUUGAAACCUCCCCGUGAUGAAUGAGGUCGUGUGUAGACAGAGCUGGGGGAGGGGAGGGGCUGUGUCUGUCCUCAUUCUCCCCCUGCACUGUCUUCUGCAGUGAAAAAAUCCAAGCCAUGGCUGCUCUGUGUGUCCUAUGUAGACAGAGCAGGGGAGGGAAGGAGCUGUGUAAGUCAGUGGUCUUCAACCUGCAGACCUCCAGAUGUUGCAAUACUACAACUCCUAGCAGGCAUGCUGGGAGUUGUAGUUUUGCAACAUCUGGAGGUCCGCAGGUUGAGGACCACUGGUGUAAGUCCUCAUUCUCCCCCUGCACUGUUUUCUUGUAUUUUGCAUCUUCUUGUAUUUUUUGUUAUGUCAUGAUAGCACAGCUUUGUAAUGAAUGGACGUAUGGUCGGCAUAGCAAUCAACAUAGUGGCGCCCUGACUUCUGCUGUCUGCUGUCUUCUAAUUGUUUUGAAUAAUUAUAUAUGUAAAUAAAAAGGGUAGUAUUGUACCUACCCCUGGUGUAUAUAAGCUUUUGUAAGUGCAAUAAAAGUUUAUUGUUCUACCAGAAAACGUGCUGUGUGGUUUUAUGUUGAGACAUUACAGUGUGCAUCACUUCAACUAUUCAUAAAGAAUGCCGUCUUGCAUUGUGAAGGGGUGCCCAAGUACUUCGCGUAGGCGUGAUCCUUCUGUCAUAAUGCAUAGCUUCCCUUGGGAUGUCUCAAGGAUUAGAAUAUGGCUGCAAAAAACUGGACAAUUUGAAAAUAAUCUUGAUCAAAAAGUACAACAAGUUCUGAAUGGAAAGGUGAACGAUAGCUUCCGCAUGUGUUCAUUACACUUUGACAAUUAUUCUUAUCACCAUGAGGCGGAUCGUCGAAUUCUCCUAAAGGAUGCUGUGCCUACUAUAUUUCCUCCAAGGCCACAAAGAAGUUUGCCAUCCACUGUACAACAGAACUUGCCAGGAGUUGAAACAUGUGCAUCAGUUUCCAUUUGUACUUCAAGUGACAUUACAGUAUCAGUGUUGACAACAACAUCUACAGUAGUCACAUGGAGUGUGGCAUCUGCUGUAGCAUCAACAGUAACAACUGCUUCAUCACAAUUUCCUGGACCAAUAUCAUCUAUCCUUUCUAUAAGCUCAACUGUCAUACCAUUACAAGCAAAGAGCACACUAGAACACCCGCCAUUACAGAAAAAACUUAAAACUGGACAUUUGUCAACUUCAUAUGCAGCGUCUACCAUUUCAGAAACAGUUACCUUUUCAGCAACAGAACCACAAACUACAUCCACUGUUUUGACCUCUUCUAUGUCUUCCAUCAUUCCUAUUCAAAGUGGAAGUGAACUAGAAAUUCCAAUAACUCAAGCUUCAAACUCAAGCUUCAAAAGAAAAUCUAGUCCAGAGAGGAGAAGUGUGGCAACAAAUACAACGCCAUUUAUCGCUCAUCAGUUACAGUCAAGUAAAUUUGAAAAACAAAGAAAGAAAUGUAAGAAAUCAUUGAUUGGAAUAAUUAGUCAAAAAGAUCUUGCAGAGGCUGGGCCAAGCACAUCUGCCUCAUUUGGAACUGUAUCUUCAAGAGAUAUUGAUAUUGCUUCACAAUGUGAGAUGCAAGAAAUCGAAAACAUUACACAUGAUCCAGCCGCGACAGUUCCUGAAGUUGAACCAACUGAAAUAGCUAAUCUAACACACUCACCUGGUGAAGAUUACAAUAUUCUGUCUGGAACUCAAUUCAAGUCAACUACUGUAAUAACACCAGCCGAGCAUGUUUACCUGACAGCAUUGCAGCAACAAAGAUUUGAAAAGGAGCAUAACUAUUGUGUCAAAUUGACUCCUGUUGAAACCGUUUCACCCAUAUUCAUUGACAGAUAUCAUCAACCAACCAAAAGUAUAAUAACGGAGAAGGUUAUAAAUGCGGAGGAAAGUUCACAAAUAAUGCCUCCCGAUAAUUCAGAACCUACAGUUAUUGAGGAAGGCGUGGAAGAACCACUUGAACAUGAGACAACUAUAUCUACUUUCAUUGAUAUAGAAGAUACCUCAUUUCAUGCCACUGAUAUGGAAGAGGAACCAGAUGAUUUUUCAGAAAUCGAUAGUGAAGAUAAUUCCAACACUCUAGUGCCCGGUUUUGAAGAUCUAUACGAUGUAAAUGAGGACGUGGUUCGUGACAUGAAAUUCUUGAUUUUCGAAUCAGCUUUCAAAAAGCUGAUUCGAAUGAUACCAUGUCCUGCAAAGAAGAAGAGUGUGUGUAGAAUAACACAUUAUAAAAAAAAUAUGCAAGGAAGUAUGUUCUCAUUACAUGUAAAAUGCAACAAAGGACAUAUUCGUAAGCUAUGGAAAUCACAGCCCCUAGUGAAUAAUACUCCGGCUGGAAAUGUCCUUCUUUCAGCUGCAACAGUUGUCAGUGGCAACAGUAUUUCGAAGAUUUUUACAUUCCUAAAAUUUUUGAACAUGCUUUCAAUAGGCCGAAGCACUUUCUUCAAUCAUCAAAAUAAUUUCAUAUUCCCAGGAAUUGAUAAACAGUGGCAGAAGGAACAGAAGUCAGUCAUUGACAAGCUCAAAUUAGCCCCUGCAUACUUAAUAGGAGACGGACAAUGUGAUUCGCCUGGCUUCAGCGCCAAAUAUUGUACAUAUACAUUAAUGGACGCUGUAACUAAAAAAAUUUGUGCUUUUACAGUUGAGCAACUAACUCCAACUACUACCUCAGUCUCUCUGGAAAAAAUGGCAUUCAAAAAGACCCUGGAAGAAUUGAUUGAAAAGGAUUUACACAUAGCUAAGAUUGCCACAGAUAGACACGUAUCUAUCAGAAAGAUUUUGAGAGAACAGUACCCAUACAUUGAGCACCAGUUUGACGUUUGGCACUUGGCUAAAUCCGUGGGUAACAAAAUAGCAGCCGGGGCAAAAAACAAAGCAAAUGAAGUGCUAAAUAAGUGGAUACAACCCAUAAAGAACCAUCUCUGGUGGUGCUCACGCACCUGUGGUCAGGAUCCAGGUGUUCUAGUGGAAAGAUGGAAGUCACUAGUGUACCAUGUUUGUGAUCAACAUGAAUGGACAGAUGAGGAUAGCAAUUAUACAGAAUGUCUACAUCCUCCUCUAACAGAAGAGAAAAAAAACAACACAAAGUGGUUAACACCAAAGUUGACACCACACAAUGUGUUAUGCAAAAUUGUGUUGAAUCCUAUCAUUUUGAGGGAUAUUCGCCAGCUAUCAUCUUUUUGUCAUACAGGCGAGUUGGAGGUCUAUCACAGCAUCGUUCUGAAAUACAGACCGAAAAGGAUACAUUUCUAUAUGGAUUCAAUGGUAGCUCGCACCCAGCUAGCCGCUAUGGACCAUAAUAACAAUGUCGGAAGAAUAAGAGCGGUGGUGAGGAAGGCGACAGAUGCUGGUGAGCCAAUGGGAACAGUACGACACCGCUACGAAUAUUCCAAGGCUCGUCGCGCAUGGGUUGUGAAGCCAGUAUACGAACCCACAUGUCAGGACUUCCUUUUUGAGGUUAUGACUGAAAUUAUUGAAAUGGUUCGAAAUCCAGAUGAUAGUGAUUGGCAUUCAAGAAGAGAAAGCCUGCCAAGAAACAUCGCCCCAACACCGCGACCAGAUCCUGCAGAUUUACUUGCUGACUAUAUGUCACGAUUUGAAUGA